CUUACAGAUGGCUUCAACUGCGACUCUCCUCCAGCUGUUAUUCUCACAUGAUGAUCUCGUCCUGACCCAUAACCCCCUCGACAAAUGCUUCCUGCCGAAUACAUGGCUGCCAUGAGACAAAUACCACCCGUCAGCCUUUUCCCCGCGUGAAAGGCGUCAGCAUUGGCAAUAUCGUGCCCACAACACUAUCUCACAAUUGGACUACCAAUAUAACAGACAUGUCGAAACCCAAAAAGUCCCCUUCACCCACCGGCCCUCCCCGGAGGGAUGUCCUAGCUUCACUCAAGAUGGCCUCCAUGGAGAUCCUGGUGCCUUUUCUACCGGCGGAGUUGAUGUCGCAGGUCUUAGACUAUGUCGGUCCCGUUGACCUCAUCCACGUUGCCCAGGCAUCGAAGCGCAUGCGCGAUAUGGUUUACGACGAUGCGAGAUGGGUGGUACAGUUAAAACGAAUGGACUGUUGGAACGAAGAGGAUGCUAGGAAAAAUGCAGAGAAGCAGAAUGUGGCUACAGUGUCCAAGAACAUGGGCAUUCAAUCAGGCUGGAGGCAGGACGUCCCUAUCCCAACCGGCACAAGAAGACGAUCGAGUGCUCGCAGAACUUCGACGUCCGAUGGCUUCGACCCCAUAUCAGUGUCGUCCGGCGAGAAAGCUAAGACCGAGAUCGUGACUCGAGAAAAAGACACAGAAAUUUUGAAGCACGUCAAGUCGAUACGUGGACGUGCUCGACAGGAAUAUGGCAAAGUGCAUGCUGUCCUGGCUCCUUUGUACAAUGAUAUAAUAGAGAAGGGUGGCUCGACGAGCAACUUAGUGUUUCAACAAUACCGCGACCCCGAAGACCAAGCCAAGAUGCUUGCUCAGCUUCUAAAAUUUGUGAAAAGUGACAACUCAGAUGGGUGGCCUGACCGCGAAGCACGUCUCGAAGAUGCUAUUCAAUUAUUUGAAACUGCUGCGAUCGGCGAAUUCCGGAGUGGAUACGAAGCCGACGAUAUUGAUGGACAGAUGCGCAGAUAUGCUCAUGUCUUGUGGCAUCUCAACGGUGGUCAAUCGGCCAUUGAGUGUUUCCUACGCCAUAGUAACGUGGUGACCCGAAAAUUGCAGUACGGCAGCGUAAUGGACUGUAUCGAUUCAAAUUCAGCAGAAAUUAAGCUCGAGCAUACGCAAGCAUUUUUUACACGGUUUGGGGUUGCUUACAACGAAGAAAUUUCGAAUAUAGAUCGUGCUUUUCCUCAAUCCCUAGAUGUGUUCUCCCCAUUUCUAGACAAAGUGUGCAGAGAUGUUUUAGUACCGUUUUUAACUAGCUUAUUCGACGAGCUACAUCGAGUCAAUAUAGAGGCAUACCUGAAGGCCGUCUCUGGAACGUUUGUUCAAUGUUUAAAUUUCAUGUUUGACCUGAAGAUACCGCGACAAUCCGACGAAGAGAGAGAUAACACCAUUAUACGUAUCGUUGGCGAAAUAUACGAGCCUCAUUUGGAUCUUUAUCUUGCGGAAGAACUUGAUUUUUUCCGUAGAGGCUGCGAUGCUACCGUUGGAGAAUGGGACAGACAGCUAUCAGAACAAGCGGCAUCGACUGAAUCAUUCCUUAUGUCAAAUGUAAAUAGACAGGCCGAUAAGAAGGACUUUUUGACCUCUUUCAAGAAAGUGCUCAUGAUGCCAGUGACGAUACUUCCUUUACCGACUUUUACCUCCAGAGCUCAACAAGAGGAAGAAGACGAAGCAGCCAAAGCCAGCGCCUCUGCACAUAAGGCUAUAGCUCGAUUCUCCACCGUUGCCCCUCCAGCGCCUGCUCCUCUUUCAGAAGCCCCCACAGACGAGUUAGCCGCAAAGGCAGCUUUGAUGAACACCAAACUGGAGGGUAUCAAAUCCCUUUUUAGUAUUGAGGUUGCUUUGGGUCUCGUCCACGCGGCCAAGACCAGCCUUGAACGCGCCAUUCAAUUUAUCAAAUUAGGAGGCCCUUGGGGAAAUGCCACCAAACAACAGUGUGAAAGCAUUUUCAUCUCUCUGCUAACAAUUCUUGGACACCGACAUGUCAUCGAAGGAUUUGACAAAGCAGUUGACCAUCUGUCCAACUAUCGGCCACGGGAACAAGGGGAGCGCGAUAGGAGCGGCGUAGAGCCCCUAGUCACAUUUCUCGAGCUUGUCAAUGUUGGCGACCUUAUAUUACAAAUGCUAGACGUGUUCUAUGAGCAGGAACUGAUUGCAGCGAAGCUCAUUGACCGGAGCGACUUUCUCGACCCGGCCGCAAAAGGCAAGAAAAAGUUCGAACAAAUGUUAGACGAGCGAGUUGCGUCGGGACUGAACAAAGGAAUCGACGUACUCAUGGACGAGGUCGACUAUAUUCUAGCCACAAGACAACUGACUACGGAUUUCAACCCCGACGCCGAUAUCGAUUCGGCUAGACACGCUCCUGACAUUGGCCUGAGUGUAGCCGCCACAUCGGUUGUUGAUGUUGUCUCAUCCCAUAUCUCCAUGCUUGUGGGGAGUACAGAUAAAAGCACAUUGGAUGUCUUCAACCAAGAGGUUGGGCUGAGACUGUUCGGAGCGGUCUGCAAGCAUCUCAAGCGUCAAAGGAUCAGUGUAGACGGAUCCCUCAAACUGAUCAGCGAUAUGAACCAUUACUUCACAUAUAUCGAGACGCUGAAGAACAACGAACUGCUGCUCUAUUUUAAAGCUCUCCGCGAACUGUCGCAGAUCUACCUGGUAUCUCCAUCCGAUGCAAAGGAGUUGGCAACGGUCAUUGCGGAUAAUGACCGCUUCUACGGUAUUUUCCGUGCAGAGGAAGUUUACGAGUUUGCCGAAAGGAGGGCAGACUGGUUCCAGAUUCGGCGCGACGUCGAACGAGCCAUGUACGGGGUAGGAUGUAGUGUAAUGUGAGAUAACAUUUACAUACGGUAUUUCAUGGAGAGUAUAUAUAUAUACAUAUAUUUAACGGUACAUA